AUGACGCAUUUGUUGAAGUCAAAUACUAAAGAAUCUGAAGCAGCAGUGGCUUCAUCGUCGACAUUUACGGAAGAAGGCGACUCUGCAGCUGACGAAACGUUUGAGGGCUUGCCAUCCUUAACCACGCUUAGACAAAAGCGUAUCAACACAGAGACUGAGUUUGAAUUAUUGUUGACCAAAAGUCGAAAUUUGAUAAACGAGAAGGUUCGAAGAUCGCAGCUGGCAUGCCUAAAAACAGAGUUACAUUUUAAACUGGCCGCCUAUAAUCAAAUUAUAUCGAACACAUUACCUCAAAUUCGCAACGCAGAGUCGAAAGCUGCUUUCGAAGAAUGCGUUCAGAAAGUUAUAUCUGAAGUUGAAGGUAUGAACGAUGUAAUUGAUAGUUACAUCGACCGUGAACCUGAAAUAUCGUGCGUGGCUCCUGACGAAGGGAACUCUCAGAUUUCAAGUGAAAGAAUGGAAGAGGACAGCGAUAAUACAAUAAAUCUCCAGCCAGCGUGCGCCAAGCAGUCCGGUGGUGAAAUGGGGGCGGCGACUGACCAACUUCGAGAAUCUAGAGCACGAGAACACGACGAUUGCCGGGAGACACCAACUCUUUUAAAGAUUCCCUUUAUGAGCCACAGGUUCAAUAACUUUGACGAACACGACGUGUUACAAUCAACUCAAAGAAAAAGUGCCCGCUUCGAACCAGAGACUUUUACCGCGUCAGAUAAACGUCGUGAAUAUACGAUUUCUUACACUCCAAGACAUUACCAAAAUCCUUCACCAGCAAACCAAAUGCCGUUGCCAGACCAAUCGGUAGACUUCUGGAUCGAUAAUCUCCAACCAAAUCAAGCAGGAUCCAGAACGGUAAAUGAUAACAUUUCUCUAGCUGAGCAAACGUGUUUAUCUUUGAGUUUAAAUUCUAAAAUGUGGGCUGAGCAUCAUUUGCCGCCGGUACAAAUAAGUCCGUUUGAUGGGAGUGCUAUAAACUGGCCUAAUUUCAUUGAAUUGUUUUAUGAAAAUGUUCAUUCACGGUUAGACGAUGAUGGUCAACGCAUGGUGAGAUUGUCCGCGUAUUUGUCGGGUUCGGCGAAGCGUCGUGUUGAGGGAUUAGGUACCGCCGGUAGUCAUUACAUACUGGUUUUAAAGGAAUUAAAACGCCGCUACGGACAGCCGGUACUGAUCGCACGGGCGGUGCUUGACCGAGUUGUAAAUAGAAAACGUAUGUCGCCUCUUUCGGCCGAUAGAUUGCUAAAUUUUCACCCAGACGUGCGUGACUGCGUGGUGAAUCUCAAAAAGAUGUGUUAUUUGGCUGACAUCAGUAGCGUCGAGAAUGUAAGGAGGGUUUCAAGCAGGAUUCCUCAAGAACUGAACUCGAGUUGGAAUAAAUUUGUUGUAGGUUUUAUUCACAAAAACUCUAAUCCGACAUUAAUUGACUUUGAGCAAUGGUUGUGGGAAAGAACUGAAGAAAUCGCCAAUCCUUUUUCUCCAGAUGUUUCUUGCAAUGUGAUCAAUAGAACUGAUUUAACUGACCACGAGAUGCCCAGAAGCGCUCGUCCGACUCCAUUUUCAACGUUAUCAAACUUGGAAUCCGAUAAUACGUCAUAUAGUGACGCAUCACGUUGUCAAUUCUGCAAUGCUCGCCAUUCUUUGAGAAGUUGUGAGACGUUUUUCGGUGCGACCGAUUAUGUAAAACGUAACUUUGUUGUAGAUUACAGACUUUGCUUUAAAUGUCUUGAACCGGGCCAUCGUGCAUUUAUGUGUAGAUGUGAUGUCGAGUGUAGUAUAUGCAAUGGGAAACAUCACAAAUGUAUUCAUGGAAUUUGCAUGUUUAAAAGCGUCCCAAGACCAAUAAACCGACAGGGUAUAAACAAUGCGGUGUCGGUAACAACUAGAGUUCAAUUUCAGUUGCUGCCUGUUCUGGUUAGAGGAGCUAAUGGACGCUCCGAAUAUACAGUUGCUUUGCUUGAUUCGGCAAGUCAGGUCUCUCUCAUCCAUCCCAAACUUAAAACUAACUUGGAUUUGCGUGGACGUCGUAAAAGGCUCAUGUUAACCACCCUCGGAGGAACUGGGGCCUUGCAUGACUCGGAAGCGGUCGAACUUUUUGUGCGUGACAAAUUAAAUCCCGACGGCAAAGAACUACAUCUAAAGUCAGUUUUAGUAUGUGGCACCAGAAUUCCCCACCCUGAAAGAAGUCAUAAAGAUUUUGAAUCCUUCCAGCAUUCACGUGGAUUAUCACUUCCUGACAUUAGAGAAAACGAAGUUAUGUUGCUCAUAGGUGCGGACCAUCCAUUUGCCCACUUUCAACUUGAAAGACGUGUAGGGGGAGACAAUGAACCGAUUGCAAUAAGAACACCACUCGGAUGGACUUUGCUAGGCGCAAACAAACGCGAUUGUGAGGACGAUUUAAUUCAUGCUAAUUGUCAUUUAUUACACGAUGAUUACAAUAUCUUGCAAGACCAAGUUAAGCAAUUUUCGAGUACGGAAGCGAUGGUAUUGAGCUACAACACGAAGCGCGCCGAAUCUGUGGAAGAUCGCGUGGCUGCGAAUGUGAAUAGAGCUAAAACGUCUAUUGUUGAUGGGCAUUAUAAAGUCGGCUUUCUGUGGCGUCGCGAUACUUCCAUUAUGUCGGAGAACAGUCUUAUUGCCCGUACGAGAUGUAGGAAUCCGAAAAAACGACUGUUAGAAAAUGACGGUCUGAGAGACAUGUACGGCAAAACAUCAAACGUGAUUGGGUGCGAAAGCUGA